GUUUAAAAAAUAAUAUAAUUUAUCAAUGUAUCGAUGAAAUCUCGCGGUGAAAGUCUAGCCAAAAUUAUUUUAUAAACUUGUACGUCUUGCGGUAGAUAGCGUUCCUACCCUGCAUAUUUGUCAUUUCCGUACUAUCACUUAUCUUUACGAGUAUUUUAGCAAUGGAGAGGAAGAAACUUCAUUAGGCAUGAGAUAACCUCGAUCAUAACUAAUACAAUAUUUUUAAUUACGAUGAUGUAAAUACUAGUGCUAGAACGUAAUCGAAGGCUUUGUUCGUUAGUUUUUGUGUUACACUUCAACAUGAAUUUAAGUAAAACCGAAAAGCUGUUGGCUGCUAAGAAAAAGCUAAGAGAAUUUCAAUUGAACAAAAUGAUACAGGAUGGUGCUAAGAAACAGAAACAUCAUUCAACGGAUCUGUCAUCCUCGCAGUGUGAGAAUGAAGGAACUAAUAAAUCAAAUAUCGAAGUUGUAAAUAAUACGUCUCCAUUGGAAACCUCUGAUAAUAAUAUAAAUGUUCCUGGUCAAAAUUUCCAAAGUAACAAAACAAUGUCUGAAAAUUUAAUGGCGAAUACAGAAAAUUCAGUAAAUCAUACAGAAUUACAGAAUUCUUUGGAAGAAACUGUGAAACCUACUCAAGAGAUACAGAAUACUAAUAUAAGGCCAGAAAUAGAGAGAAAAAUGGAGUUAAACGAUUUUCCAAAAGUGCAAAAGGAACAUCUUUUGGAAAUGGCUUCUGCAGUUGCAGAUGUUCUGACGAAUGAUUCUGAACAUGUGGAAACAACUUUGGACUGUGAUUUGAUGUGUCGUAAUCAGUUUCUAAGUUCCUGUUUGGAAGAGCAGAAAAAGAUUGUAAAUGAAUUGCAUAUAGAACUUAGUAAUUCUCGUAGCCGAGUUGUAGAAUUGGAGGCCAAAUUAAAAGCAAGCGAGGCGGAUUUUCAGACGCAACUAGCGCGUGAAAUAAAUCCUCUAAAAGAACAACUUCAGAUUCAUACUCAGACAACUGGAAUCUUAAUAGCAGAGAAGGCAGAGCUUACUGCUGCUCUCAGUCAGGCUCAACAAAGUACUAGACAAAGUUCAGGAGAAAUAGAAGAAAUAAUGGGAAAGUUUAAAAAUGCACAAGUACGCGUAAUCGAAUUAGAAAAGGAAACUGCAGCUUUGAAAAGUAACAAUGAAGAAUUACGGAAAGAUUGUCAUCGAUUUCAGAAUGACUAUGGUUCUCUUGAAAAGAAAUUCUAUGAAUUGAAAAAAGAAAAGGAAGAUUUAAACUUGGAAGCAUCGGAAUUGAAACAGAAAUUAAAUUUAAAGAAAACAGAAUUAAUUUCUGUUCAACAAGAACUUCAAGAGAAGACAGCGCUGCUUUCUUUAAGUGAACUCAGAAUACAACAGAUGAAAGGUGCUACACCAACAGAGGAGGAAAGAAAUGCAGGGAAUAUUUUAGAACAAGAAUUGAUUCAAACUAAAGAAUCGUUGAGAGCUGUUACUACCGAGAAAGAAGAAGCUAAUAAACAAUAUCAGAAUUAUAUUAAACAAUUAGAUACGCAACAAGCUAAAUUAUUAAAUGAGGUAGAAACGCAGAAGAAAACUAUAGGAGACUUACAAUCAAGAGAACAAAGUUAUGUGCAAAGACUAUCCGAGCUUGAACAACAAUUACAACAAGAAAAAGAAAAGUUAGAGAAUCUGUUGCCUUUACAAGAUCGUAAGGAACAGAUAGAUAAUCUGUUGAAAAGUGUAGACGAACUUACACUAGAGCAAGAACGGCUUCAUAUUAUGCUUUCUGAAAAAGAUACGCAAAUCGAAAUAUUAACGAAAGAUUUAAAUGAUUUGCGUGAAGCCAGUAAUCAAGAAGCUGAAGUGACAAAAUUAGCCAACGCCCUUGAAAGUGAACAACUAGGAGCAUCCAGAGCAGUUCAUCAAAAUCGACAAUUAAAAGAACAGUUGACCGACAUGGAAAAUGCUUUUGUUACUCUAAGCAACGCAAAGUUGGAUCUAACGGAACAACUACAAGCAGAACGUUCUAUCGGACGUAAACUAAAUGUUCAAUUGAAUAAUGUUGAAACUGAAUUGGACCAAUUAAAAGAAAAACUGACACAAAAAGAGGCUACUAUCGAAGAACUUGAAAAAGAAAGACUUCGAACUGCCCAGAUAGCUGAUCAAAUGCAACAUUAUCAGGCGCAAUCGCAUCAUGCCAAUACUUUCCAACGAGAACUUCAAAAUGCCUUAAUUACUAUAGAGAAACUAGAAAAGGAAAAGCAAGAAUUUAUAGAAAAAUUAAAAGAAAGAGAACAAAAUAGCGUUUCUUCUGAAAACGAUUUGAAUAUAUCAAGUGCUAACAAUGAAUUAGGUCAGGAAGAAAAUGAACAUUUAGAAAAAUUGGAUAAAAGUAAUGUUAUAGUAUCAGAACCCGUGAAACAACUUGAACGGAGAUUUAAACAAACGAUGGAACGAGUCGCAGAACUUACAGAAGAGAAACAGAAACUCGAACAUCUCGUUCUGCAACUUCAAAGUGAAACGGAAACAAUAGGAGAAUAUAUAACACUAUAUCAAAAACAAAGAGCAGUUCUUCAAAGUAGGGCAAGAGAAAGAGAACAAGUAUUUCGACAGUUGGUUGAACAGAGAAAUCAACAACAAGAACAACUGCAUAAGUUAAAGGUUUUGGUCAGUGAUUUCCUUAGAAACGAAUAUAUUCAUUCUAAUGGUACGGAACAUCCAAUUCAAACAGAAGUGAAUUCCCACGAUUCUGUAAUCGUGGAAAAAAAGAAGGAAUCAAUAGAAUCGCAAACAGACAACAAAAGUGUCUCAGAACUUCUGGAUAUUUUAACAGAAAUAAAGGAUUGCAAAGAUUCCUGUCUGUUUGAGCCGAAUUUCCACCCGUGCCCUUGGUGUUCUGGAAAGUUACUCACCGUAUAAAAGAUAUGUCGUACGCAUAUCGUAUAUUUUUAGUAUAGAGUGUUAAUAUAAAAAUUUUUAAUGGACAACGAUUUAUAGAAUAUAAUUGUAUAUAAGAUGAAGACUAUAACAACCGCAAUUUGUAAAUGAAAUCGAUAUGGAAGAAGAGAAGUUUUCUUCAGAAACAAUUGUUCUUUUUCCAAAGAAGAAGUAAUUUUGACAUGAAAUUACGACUCAAGAAAAUAGUAAGAUUAGGAAAUGUACCUUUUCUAAUAAUUGUUCUUUUUUUUCAUGUUCUUGUUGCUUGUUGAUAUUUUAAAUUUUCUUUCAUAUAUCUUCCAUUAUACAAAAGUUAACAAAAAUUAAUUGCCUGAAGAAUGAUCUUUUCUUUAAAUAACCUAAAAAAUAAACACAUUUGAUCACUUUUAAGAGAGAUUCUCCUCAGAAUCUUUAAGAAAACAAGUAUUAUUUUAAUACAAAAUUCUUAAUACUAAAGGAUGUAUUAAGAAUUAUUUAAGCAUCUAUUACUAUAUUUUAAUAUUUAUCGGUUUGUUAUUUGUUUUUUAAUACAAAGGCAAUUAUUUAAUAUAAUAAUAACUGUUAAAACAUCUUAAUUUUUUAUGAGGAAAAUGAUCAAAACCUAAAGUGUGAACAGUGUUUAACGAAUUUACAAUUCCAAUACUAUAAAGUGGAGAAAUUAUAACUUUGUUUUCUCUAUGUCAUUCUUUUCUGUUUUUCACAAAUUUUAUUCACGAUUUUAAUCUUUUUGUAAAUCUUCCGUCAUCUUCAAUAAUAUCAAUUGUUUUUGUUUCCUCUUCAAUAAUAAAAGCUGCUUUCCCUCUA